CUAACCAUUUUUGAGCUGUUCCUCACUUUGCACUCGAUGACAAAAGGGCUCACAUGGCACGAGCACUGGGCCUGAGUCACCUGUUUCUUAGCAACAGCCACAACAGGAAAACACCUGUGGCAUCAAUUUAUUCAAAGUGACUUUUAAGGAUUGUGAUAAAUACUGGAAAACUGUGAUAAAUAUUGGAAAAUAUAGCAUACUGGGAACCUGAACUUUUACACAAACAGUCUGUUUGCAGAGAAGUUUAUUUAAUUCUUAUUUGGGACUUUUUUGUGUGAAUAAAAAAAUGGUUUUACGUAGGCCUAUUGUUAUGGUUAAAACUGUUGAAACAGUUUAUCAAUAUAAUUAUUGCGGAUAACAUAACAGGAAUUGUUCUGAUAGAAUACUUACUUGACAGUAAAAUAACUGCUCAUGUUUGAAGUUCAGGCUCCGGCGUUUCAAAAGGGGCAUAUGUUCAGUAAACAUUAGAGCCCAAAAUUGACUGAUUUAUGGUUUAUUCCAGUGAAAAAUAUCAUUUGAAGAUCAUUUACUCUAAAUAACAUUUGUCAACAGUGGUUGUAGCCAACUGUUUACCUUCCGCGUGCCGAAAAAAAAAAACCUUCAGCUGCGCCUGUGGCGCGCUCGAUCUCUCCCUUGCUCGUCACCUGACCGUGAGCCAUAUGCAAAUCAGCCCCGUCCUCAAACGCCAUUGGCUCUCUCUCACUCAUUUAUUCCCUGUCAAAGCGCAUCAUAUGGCCGCUCUUCCACUAACUUUUCUAGCCCACCGCUGAAAGUAGCUCAAAGACAAUUCUGCACUGGAUGUGAAAAUCACCGCGAGAGGAAGUUAGAAUAAAACAAAGGGAGACGAGCUGCUGCAAAGUUCCCAUCCAUCAUCUGUUUGGAUUGUACCUGUAUCUCCUGUUCGAGUGGCCUCUUUUGUUAUUAGGAGGUUCUACGCGUGUGCGCCUGCCAGCGAACGGGGACGUGUGAAUGUUUCUGUGUGCGAGCUGAGUAAGUUAAAGCCGGGUGAAUGUAUAGCAUGAUGAUGGAAACGGACUUGCAUUCUCCAGGAGCCCAGACUAACACAAACACGGGCCACACGGGACCCAACAGCAAAGUUAACCAAGACCGCGUCAAGAGACCCAUGAACGCGUUUAUGGUGUGGUCUCGGGGUCAGCGCAGAAAAAUGGCUCAGGAGAAUCCAAAGAUGCACAACUCGGAGAUCAGCAAGCGCCUCGGAGCGGAGUGGAAAGUCAUGUCCGAGGCGGAAAAGCGACCCUUCAUUGACGAGGCGAAAAGACUGCGCGCCAUGCACAUGAAGGAGCAUCCGGAUUACAAGUACCGACCCCGGAGGAAGACCAAGACCCUGCUCAAGAAGGACAAGUACUCUUUGGCGGGUGGCCUGCUCGCUGGAUCAGGAGGCGGAGGCGGCGUGGGGCUGGGAAUGGGUGCAGCGGGGGUCGGGCAGAGGUUAGAGAGUCCGGUGGGUCACGGCGGCAGCACCGCGGCGAGCUACGCGCACAUGAACGGCUGGACCAACGGCGCGUACUCAGGCCAGGUGGCGGCUGCCGCGGCUGCAGCCGCAAUGAUGCAGGAGGCUCAGCUCGCCUACAGUCAGCACCCAGGCAGCGGAGCGCAUCACCACCACGGGCACCACCACCAUCCGCACAACCCCCAGCCUAUGCACCGCUACGAAAUGACGGCUCUCCAGUACAGCCCCAUCUCAAACUCUCAGAGCUACAUGAGCGCCUCUCCGUCAGGCUAUGGGGGAAUAUCCUACACGCAACAUCAAAACUCCAGCGUGGCUUCAUCUGGGGCCAUCGGCUCGCUGGGCUCGCUGGUGAAAUCGGAGCCGAGCGUAAGCCCUCCAGUUACCGCUCACUCUCGAGCCCCUUGUCCCGGAGACUUGCGAGAGAUGAUAAGCAUGUAUUUACCGACGGCGGAGGCAGGGGACCCGUCCGUUCAGAGCAGACUUCACGCUGUUCCGCAGCACUAUCAAAGUUCCACGACGAGCGUAAACGGAACCGUUCCACUGACACACAUAUGAAAAGAUUUGCAACUACGCAUUCAGACUCGAAUAACCAAAUAUGUACCUCUUUUAGAGCAUAACUACCUUUUUUUGUACAGAAUGUCUGUUCUUGUAAAUUUGAAGGUGAUAUUAUUUAAAUAUAAUACUUAAUCUGAAGGGUGUCCUGGGGAUGUUGUCUGAAUAAUUUGUCCGAAAUGACACCAUAUGCGUGAGCUUUACACAUUUGCGAGGGAUUCAUUCUUCACGUGUGUGUGCGUGUGUGUGUGUGUGUGUGUAUGAGAGAGAUGGUACUAUGUUUGAGACAUGAAAAAGAGUGGGUGCUAAAGUGUAUAGUCAAAAUACAAUGUUUUUAAAGUUUUCUAAGAUUUUUCUCUAUCCAUCUUUGAUUUGUCAACACGUGAGUUGCUGUAUUUGCUCUAUUCCUUAUUUGUUUGUUGUAUUUUUUCCUUGUACAUGGUGAAUAUAUUACAGAGAAGAUUGAUACACAAAUCUGUAAAUAUAAUUCGGAUUUGCCAGGAAAAAGAGGAAACGUUUUGCGUUGAUGUGAGAAGAAUAAAUUUGCUUUUGCUCUGAUUCUGGAAA